GAUAUUCUACCUAAUAAAAUAUUGGUUUCAUGGCUCAAUGUGACUAACUGACUAUACACGACCCAUUCAAUUUAGUUCACUCACUCAUUCGGUGGAAGCACUUAUUUUCCCUUUCGAGUAUUAAGCAUGCAAGUCUCCUCAAUCUGUUUACCAGCUAAGGUUCCAGUUCGCGUGAAGUCACUGCACACGAACCCAGCAACCGUAAACGACCCCACUUCCACGGCCAAGGUGGCUGCUCCUAAGUGGGCCCAGAAGACAAUAACUUUGCCUCCCCUUAAACGUGGUUGUCAUUUAAUCACUUCUAAGAUAGUGAAAGAAGUUCGGCAAGAAUUGUCUGAAUACCAGUGUGGCCUGGCCCAUCUCUUCUUGCAUCACACAAGUGCUUCUCUUACCAUCAAUGAGAAUUAUGACUAUGAUGUUCGGGAUGAUACAGAAACCUUCCUCAAUGGGAUAGUUCCAGAGGGACCAUCUGCGCCUUGGAAGCAUACUCUAGAGGGGCCAGAUGACAUGCCGGCACAUAUUAAAUCGUCGAUGUUUGGUUGUGCACUCAUGAUACCCAUUUCAAAUGGAAAGCUUAAUAUGGGGACAUGGCAGGUACGUCCCUCCGCUUCAAUGUAGAAGAUUGGAGAUUCUGCUAAGAAUGAGGAGAACCAUACAACUCGUUAGGAGCUUGUCGGAACUCAGCAGGAGCAUGAGUAUAUCUCUACAUGAGAUUGAGUUGAUGCUCCAUAUGAUUGGUUUUAUGUCCACAAGAGAUUGAGGUAACUUCUUCUAAGAAGGAGUAUAUCGCCACAUAACGAUGAAUGCCAUAAAAUUUGAUUUAUUUAGUGUUGUGUACAUUGGUUGUGAUAUUAUCAUUGUUAUAUGAAAAACAUGUGAGAUGACAUUAAAAUAUCUUGUUAUGAGGAAAUUAUUAUUUUCAAAUAUUCAUGUUA